AUGGAAGCCGCUGGGGUUGCGCUCGCGAUCCUGCCACUGAUCAUCAACCAAAUCGACAACUACGUCCAGGGUAUUGAGACCCUUGGUGAUUUUCGAACCAAGAGGUAUCGAAGAAAGCUAGAUUACUAUGCCACACAUCUUGGAUCUCAGCAAGCGGUUUUUAUCAACACAUUAGAACGCUCUCUGGAGGGCGUCCUUGAGUACGAGGAUGGGGUGGAUGGAUUUUCAAAUGAGGAAAUUCAGGUCCUUUGGGAGAAACCAAGUGUACAAUCCGUUCUACAAACAAAACUCGGGCGAAAUUAUACGCCGCUCCUCCGAACUAUGAGACAACUUUCAUUGCUUCUGGAGACGUUGUCUCGAAAGCUGGGUUGGGAUAAGAUGCCAAUAGAGCUUUGCCCAUCGCACAUACUGACUAAUCUUAUUGUGAUUUCCAAGACUGCAAUACAGAAAUCUUGGAGUGAUUCGAGCGCUUUCAACAGAGAAGUGAAGAAGUUCAAGGACAUAUUCUCUAAAGGCAUCUACGAGAGUAUACUCAAUCAAAUAAACGCCGCCAACGAGCAACUAGCCAAGCUCAUGGAACAAUCUGAUCAUCAAAACCGGAUACAAAAGAAAAGGAUAUCAAAACGCCCCCUACAGCGACUCAAGCGAAAUCGAAGGCUUGCACAAAGUUUACACAAUGCCAUCCUCAAAGGCCAAAGUUGGAAAUGUCCCUGCCGUGAUCAACAUACCAUUCAUUUCUUCCUUGAUAUUUCGUUUCUUGAAAGCACUAAGAUGAGCACAGAGGUACCCAAUUCCCGUUUUCGCAUGCUUUUUGCGUCUCCUCAAUCCAUCGAACACGGUGGAACUUUUGAAUCAUCGUCUACUGUCCUUCAGGCCCAAAUGAAUGGUGCAUUUUUCUUCAGCCAAAAAGAACGUCUUACCAUGGCUGUCAAUCUUGCAUAUGGCGUGCUUGAGCUGCACGGAAACUGGCUGAAAUCUCUCUGGCGAGCCCGUGAUAUUAUGUUCAUCCGACAACCGACAAACAGCCUUGGUCAUCCUGCCUUGGUGUUGAGUCUUUCUAAUACAAUGGAAAUAUCAACACUGUGCAGAGAUACAGCCACUUCGUCACUGGUUCAAAAUGAAAUACUCUUCCCUUUGGGACUUAUUCUUGUUGAGCUAUCCCUUUGUCAACCUCUGGAAUUACUCCGUAUAGCAGACGACUAUGAUGAAAAUGAAGCGAAUGCCAAUCUCAAGACAGCUUCACGCUUGCUGCAGUACGUGGAGUCGCAGAGUGGUCCGCUAUACGUCGAAGUCGUGGAGCAAUGCUUAUUUUGGCGCUGGAAAACGGGCUGCACCUUGGAAGAUGAGAACAUACAAGAUGAAAUUUACCAACGCAUCGUCUUCCCACUGGUUGUGAAUUUAAAGAACUUUGUUGGAAUGUCGUCAAGGCAGUGA